GAUUAUCACUCGCAUAGUUGAAUUUACGAUCGUUCUCCUUACUUUAAAUAUUUCUCAGUGAAUUAAAGUUUUAUUCUAGUGAGUAAUGAUUAAUAAUUUAAAAAUUUCUUGUCGCGGGUAAUUUGAUACUAUUGAAGAAUGGAUUUGUCAUUGAUUUUCGAUAGGCUGUAAAGACGUUAAACUGGUUGAAAAGUUGUACGAAACAUUGGUUUGGGUUGAAAUAGUGUCUUGAUCGAGAGGUGCAAAUGGCUGAAAUCACUUCUGACGUCUAUGAUCUUUACAAUCCUUCUCCAGUAUCGUUAAAACAGCUAUCAGUGAUGGUCGUUAGCCUCGAAAUAUGGCGCUGCGAAAUAAAUAAAUACCGUUCGAGCAAUACAUUGAAAGAGUUUCGUCCAUCUGGUAAACUUAUCUCAUUGAAAACUGUACUAAUUCCCGAUUUACCAUCGAGAAUUUAUCCUAUGAUUGAUAAAUAUGUCAAAAUAUUUGGAGAUUCGAUGAAAGGCUGGCUAUGGAGACAUCAUCAAGCAGUAUGUAAAUUUCAAUACGACCACGAAACCUGUGUAUUGGAAUACUUCGAAGAUUUUGUAUGCGAUUAUAAUGGGGCCAUUCAUUACGAGAGGACUGCCGAACGUAUGAUGCAUUGUGAUCGAUUUGAUGUGCAUCAAAAGUUCUUAAUUGCUUGUACGUAUUGUUUCAAAGACGAUAUCAUACGAAUUUGGCCAUUUGGAUUGAAAAAGACAGACUCGCUGUAUAAAAGAUAUUCUGAAAAUCCGCAAUUCGUGUAUUGGAUUAAAUUUCUCGAAAAUGAUAUCAAGAUAACCGAACCUCCUAUCGAAGAAUGUAUGUUUGAUGAAUUCAUGUUUCACAACAGAUCAUCUUUGGAAUAUUUCUGGAAUCUUAUCCCAUCGGAAAAUCGUCUGCGGAAAGCUAUCGAUCUUUUUAUCGCUGAUUUACCUUCGUUUGUUCGAUUCAUUUUGCCAAAAUUAGAUGAUCAACAGCUCAAUGAAUUUCUUCAUAAAAAUGGCUGCGAAUUGUUAUACGCUUUGUUGAAAAAUUCUCGUUAUGAUGAAGAAGUCAUUUUAUCGACGUGGAUUUACGUUAAAAACAUGAUGACCGAGAUUGCUUUUACAAAUCUGAUCAUGAAAAUGGUGAAAAGUGAGGUAAGGGGAAGCUGUGUGAGUUCCGAAUUAGAUCAAGAUAACUAUGAUUAUGAUUGGCCAGACGAAUAUUGUAUCGAUAAUAGACGCGAUCUUGACAGUUUUGUUCAGUUAUGUUUUGAAAUAUGGGAUACUGCUGGUGAAAAUUUGAAACUUUCGGCUGUCAGAGACAUUACAUCGAAUAAUAGAUUAUUUGAAGAAAUAUAUAUCUUCUCCAUUGAGUAUCCACCAAUCUCGAGAGAAUGUAAGUUCUUAUUGGGUGUCCUUUCUCACGCCACCUACGAGCAGAGGUACGCUUUCUGGCAUAAUUGUUGGCAAUAUUUGAUGACUAAAACAUGGGUCGAAGAUUUAGAUAAAAUAAUGCGGCUAUGUUUACGAAACGACGAUGAGAUAACUCAAUUCAAGAAAAACAUCAUGGCCAAUGACGGAAAGGUGAUUUUUUAUUGUAGUGGUUUACUAAUCUUGACGUAUUUUGACGAAUUGAAUCAAUUCGCGAGAUUUUUAUUACCGGAAAUGCAUGCAGCCAGGAAGUUUAAACAGAAAAUGCUACUGUUAGCUUUGCUCAAUGAUCGAUUUGGUGAUUCUUGCAUUAGGAUCGUCAAGAAACCAAAAGAGUUCGAUGAAUUUAUUAAAGAUGCUUAUGACAAUGACGAUCUGCGUACAGUCUUUAAAGAUAUGCUAAUGUCGUCACCUUCAGUCCAAAGGAGAUUAUCAAUCGAUGCUUUAUCUGUGCCUAUAGAACAGCUUAUUGAGUUUAUUGACACUUUUGUCUCUGAUGAGCGAAUUCUUCUUGAGGUUAAAAAUCGUAUGAUUGAGUUUUUAAAGACAGAUGCAGCUGGAUUUAAAGGUGUGGUACCGAAAUCUUCGUUCACUUCUCUUUUAUCAUGGUGUUUGGAAGGUAAUGAGGAAGUUUCAAAAUUUGAGCUGAGCUAUUUAUGAUGUAUACUUGGUUUUGAUGGAAUAAUUUGAAAAUCACACCUAUGUUGAACGAUUUCUUCGUAAAAUUCGUGUUCGGGGAUGAUCUUGUGGAGCCAAAUUUUCACAUUCUGAUUAUGUCUUUAUUGUUUUGUUGUUUUUUUUAAUGUAUAAUUUCAUUUUAUUCUUGAAUCCAUAUUUUAUAUCUACGAGCAUUAUAUUUUAAUCAUGUAAAUUUGUAAUUAAUUACAAUCAAC